AUGGGCGUUCCGCGAGUUAGUAGCACCGCGUCAGCCGAGCUCGAGCUCGGUCGUGCAAGGCGGCCGCACCUGUUGAUCCUCGACGAUUCACGUGAAGCGCGCCUCACUGAAGACCUCGUAAAUGUAGUGCGCAAACGCGUGACGUCAUCCGCUGAUCUUGACCCGGAAGUGGGUCAUGAGCGGAUCCCGCGCAGCCUGCGACCUUGCUACGCCUCUACCGCGAGCUACGUCUGCUACGAAUUACGUAGCGGUUUUAUGAAUUCUUUGUUCCUUUGA